CGGAUCGCGUCCUGAGCCGGGCAGUGGCAGCGGCGCCCGCAGUGGCAGUGGAACCGCUGCAGCUUGUGUGAGCCAUGCCGGCGGCGCGCGUGGAGUACAUCGCGCCCUGGUGGGUCGUGUGGCUGCACAAUGUACCGCACUUCGGCCUGCGUCUACAGCGAGUAGACAGCACCUUCAGCCCCGGCGACGAAACUUACCAAGAGUCGCUGCUCUUCCUGGGGGUGUUGGCUGCCAUUGGCCUGGGCCUGAACCUCAUCUUCCUCGCUGUUUACCUGGUGUGCACAUGCUGCUGUCGGCGGGACCACUCGAUGCAGACCAAGCAGCCCGACUCAUGCUGUGUGACCUGGACUGCGGUGGUGGCUGGGCUCCUCUGCUGUGCUGCAGUGGGCGUUGGUUUCUAUGGAAACAGCGAGACCAACGAUGGGGUGCACCAGCUGAUCUACUCCCUGGACAACUCGAACCACACCUUCUCUGGAAUGGAUGAGCUGGUGUCUGGAAACACCCAGAAGAUGAAGGUAGACCUAGAACAGCACCUGGCCCGGCUCAGCGAGAUCUUUGCCGCUCGGGGUGACUACAUCCAGACCCUGAAGUUUAUGCAACAGAUGGCAGGCAAUAUUGUCAACCAGCUCUCGGGGCUGCCCGUGUGGAGGGGGGUCACCACACAGCUGACUGAACUGUCCCACCGGACUGCCUAUGUGGAAUACUACAGGUGGCUGUCCUACCUCCUGCUUUUCAUCCUGGACCUGGUCAUCUGCCUUGUCACCUGCCUGGGACUGGCCAGGCGCUCCAAGUGUCUCCUAGCCUCCAUGCUGUGCUGCGGAAUCCUGACCCUGCUCCUCAGCUGGGCUUCCCUGGCUGCUGAUUCUGCUGCAGCAGUGGGCACCAGUGACUUCUGCAUGGCUCCUGACAUCUACAUCCUGAACAACACACAGAACCAGAUCAGCUCAGAGGUGACCCGGUACUACCUGCAUUGCAGUCAGAGCCUAAUCAGCCCCUUCCAGCAGUCACUGACCAUCUUCCAGCGCUCACUGACCACCAUGCAGAUCCAAAUUGUGGGCCUGCUGCAGUUUGCCGUGCCCCUCUUCCCUACAGCAGAGAAAGACCUUCUUGGCAUCCAGAUUCUGCUAAACAACUCUGAGACUAGCCUGCACCAGUUGACCGCCAUGUUGGAUUGCCGGGGGCUGCACAAGGACUACCUGGAUGCCCUCACUGGCAUCUGCUAUGAUGGCAUUGAGGGCCUGCUCUUCCUUGCUCUCUUCUCCCUCUUGGCUGCCCUGGCUUUCUCCACCCUGAUCUGUGCCGGACCUCGUGCCUGGAAACACUUCAUUAACAGGGACAGAGACUAUGAUGACAUUGACGAAGAUGACCCUUUCAACCCCCAAGCUCGGCGCAUCGCAGCCCAUAACCCCGCAAGGGGGCAACUGCACAGUUUCUGCAGCUACAGCAGCGGCCUUGGCAGCCAGUGCAGCCUUCAACCUCCCACCCAGACCAUCUCCAACGCCCCUGUCUCUGAGUACAUGAACCAGGCCAUACUCUUUGGCGGGAACCCACGUUACGAGAACGUGCCACUCAUCGGGAGAGGUUCCCCUCCGCCCACAUACUCUCCCAGCAUGAGGGCCACCUACAUGUCGGUGGCAGAUGAACACCUGAGACACUACGAGUUUCCGUCCUAGGAACAUCCAGGGUGCCUGCCUCUCCUGCCAGCUUGGUUUUCAGCGGAUGCAGAACCCAGCUGUGUUUCUGGAAUUGAAACCGAAGGUUUGGACAUGAAACAGUCUCCUGUGGCUGCAGAGACACAGCUGGAACUUCUGACCAAAGCCACAGGUGGCUACAAGGCCUGUGAGUGGACCAGCCUCUCCGGCCUUAACUCCCCAGGACUUGGCUGUUCUCUCUGAGGCAGCAGCCCCGUUCAGCCCACCUUAAUCCCACCCUCAGCAGAUGAGAAAUGGCAGUGAGGAGGGAACCACCAGCCUGAGAGCCCUUUUCUCUCAAGGGCCUGCCACCAGGCCCCUGCCUCUUGUUAGCGUGGCCCUAAGUCCAGGCCAUUCCUUCCAGUUACCCUGUCCUAGAUUUCUAGGCAGGUGGCAAUUGGAUGUGUGUCAGGAGAACACCUGGUCCAGAAUCCACAUUCUGUGACCACAGGGACUCUGCCUAGACCCCAGAAGGACAGCAUCAAGAGAACUCCGCAGAGCAGAUUGAUGGCUUCAAGCUGAGCACUGCAGCCUGGCAGCCAUGGCCAGACAUAUGGGAGAAAGCCCUCCGAGCUCUCUAACCUCCACCAGCUACCCCCAUUCUGGAACCAGGUGCCAGCUGCGGGUGGGAACAGUCUCAGGUAUGAACAGAUGCUUUGAAAGCAACUCAACUCCUGUUCCCAGUGUUUUAAAACAUGGUGAUGAUCCAAAGACUCAAGCCUCCCUCACAGGCACGGCCAGUUCUUGCAAUAGACUCAGGCUCGGGUUUUACACCUGGUGCUCUGCUGUAGCGCUCACACAAGCCAUCUCACAGAUCUGGAGGAGAAGCUGAGGAGUGGGUUGUGGGAUUUUUGGAUUUUGUUUUGCUGCGGUCUCAUUAUAUACCCUGACAGGCCCUGGCCUAGAACUCACAGAGAUCUGUGUGCCUCUGCCUCCAAAGUACUGGGUUUAAAGGUAUGUGCUACCACACCACACCAGGCCGGGAGCAGGUUUGUCUUGAUUUCUUGAGACAGGGUUUCUCUGUGUAGACCUGCCUGGCUUGUCCUGGAACUCAUUCUGUAGACCAGAUAGACUAACCUCAAAUUCAGAGAUCCAUUCACCCACCUCUCCCUUGUGAGUGCCGGGAUUGAAGGCGUGCACCAUGAUGCCACAUCCUGGUUUUUUGUUUUUUGGUUUUUUAAUAAAAUAAAACAUUGGUGAGACAUUCUACCCCACAUGGCUAGAGGAGGCUAUCUGGACCUUGUAAAGGGAAAGACAUGAUAACUAAGAAGGCUGAGGGAAUUUCUCUAUUCUGAGGAACAGUUAUUUCUGGCUAGGAGAAAAUAAUGACCCCUGGCCAGCCUGCCGGGGGACCAGGUUAGGGGUCUUUGGUGCUUCCAACCUCCAGCCAACCCAGAGUACACUACACACUGAAGCCCCGUGGCCUUGUACAGCUAAGCAAGGCCCGGCUGAUGGUGUGGGACAGGGCUGUUUCAAUUUCAGAAGAGCCACGUCAUCAUAAUGGCAGCUUCCAGACAAGCCACCGGUGUCACUGUGUCUCAUAUUAACCUGCGCAUACUGUGAGCUACCUUUGUAUGCCCAUGCCCUGUGCAGACUGGGAACUUCGGCCUCAGGCCUUGCUUCUGAUAUUUCCUCUGCAGCAGUGGAAGGACUUCUUAAUGCAUGUACAUUAAACUAAAACUCCUCCAGGUUCUACGAGUGUCAGGUGGGCAAACCUCUGCUUGAUAUAUGUUCGCCCUCACCUGAGCCAAGAAAUAAACCACGUCUCUUAAUGUGC